CAAACAGCUUGUAGCGUUAAAUAGCGCAAACAGCGUCUCCUCGAACACACCCAUUGCAUAUCAAGUUGCAUAUGAUAUUAGUAUCGUUUUGCAAGUCAAAAUGUACGUCGCGACGACAUCAAUUUUUGUGACAGUUUAUGUAACACUGAUCAUCCAGGAGACUGCUGCCAAUAGCCCAAACAUCAUUUCUAGAACAGAAUGGGGCGCUAGAAAACCGAAAUCGUCAUCUCCUAAUCUUAAAUUAAAACCAGCACCUUAUGUGAUCAUUCAUCAUUCGGUUGGCUCCGGUUGCGAAACUCAAGCUGUAUGUCAAUUAAAAGUGAGACAGUUCCAGAAUAUGCACAUGGACAAAAGAGGUUGGAACGAUAUUGGCUAUAAUUUCCUAGUCGGUGAAGACGGAAACGUGUAUGAGGGUCGUGGAUGGAGCAAGAAAGGCGCUCAUUCUGUACCUUUCAAUAAUAAGAGUAUUGGAAUUUGCAUCAUCGGAGAUUACAGAAACCGAACACCAAAUGCAGCGGCAGUACAAGCAGUGACUAAUUUGAUUGCUCAUGGAGUAGAAAGUAACGAAAUAAAGAGUGAUUACAAGCUUCUUGGACAUCGACAAACCUGGCCAACCGAAUGUCCCGGAAAUAGUCUUUACACAAUGAUAAAGUCAUGGCCUCAUUGGUCGGAAAGUCAAUAAAUAAUAAUGUAUAUCGUUUUUAAUACGACACAUAACGAAAAUCUUUUUUAUUGGUCGCGAUCAGAACGAUUAUAAAUCAUGAUUGCGUAAUCGAUUAACAAUUAAUGAAUAUUUACGAGAUUCACAAUGCUCUAUAAAUGUCAAAAUUCACACCAUCGUACUAAUGUAUAUCGCUUUAUCAGAUUAAUUAAUAUGCAAAUAUUUGUAAAAAUAAACCAAACA